GAAUAUGAAUGGGAUUGCAGUCUAUCAUCACAGCUGACAGUAGUAUUGAAUACCUAUAGUCUGCUUGUAAUGCCUGUCAAUGACAACGAUUAGUCAAUCAGUAAUCAAUUAUUUAUAAGUCUAUGGUUUGAAUAAAACUGUAACUCAUUGUCAACUGUCGUAUCCAUUGAAUGACACACCGAUCCCAUAGAUAAGAGGCAAAUGUGAAAUAAGUUUGUCUUUUGAUAAGCCGUUCAAACAUAAAGACUCAUUGAGUCAGUGCUUCACUCUUUUCAUUGUUUCAUGAAUAAUGUAAUUCACGUCUCAUUUGUCGCAUUGUUUGCCGAAAAUCACACCAAAACUCGUGUCAAUCGGUGCGAAGAAGUGACGGCAAUAUCGGUGACCAAUGGCUGACAUGUCGUCCAACGGGUAUAAGUGGAAGGAAUUGGUUCGUGAGCUCAAAGUGGAGCCCUUCCUCUUCCUCUACAUGUUCUCCUACAGCCUGUCCUCGAUGUCCAUAUCACAGCUCAUUCAGGACAAGCUGUGUCUCUUGACGUACGGCAAGUCCGCCCAAUACUGCAUUGAAAUCAACUCUCAAGAGUUCGACCACUCGGCCGACCCCAUCAAGAGUGCCAUUCUCGCCGACUCCGGCUAUAUCAUACUCUACCGGAUGAUCAUAUCGACCAUUCCCUGUACCAUUUGGUCCCUUUUCAUUGGCUCCUGGAGUGAUAAAUACAUCCAGGGGCGCAAAAUCAUCAUGGUCUUUGGCUGUAUUGGCGCUAUACUUGAGUCCGUGUUUCUCAUCAUAAAUGCGGCCGCUUUUCACACCGACGUCUAUCUCAUGUUACUGUGUUUCCUGCCGUCGGCACUAUUUGGUGGUAUUGUGGCCACACUUAUGUCCACUUAUGCCUACUGUUCCGCCAAUAGUGAUCCCACCAAACGAGCCAUUCGUUUCGCUUGUCUUGAAGUGAGCUUUUGGUUGCCUCAACCGUUUGGGUCUUUCGUUGGCGGACAGAUUCUGGGCGAUGGCAACAAAUACAGUGAUCAACAGCUCUACCACUACAUCGCCGUAUUUAUCGGUCAGUUACUAAUCUCGUUAUAUAUUUUUUAUCGGUUU